AUGGAACUUACUUUCACUUUACACGGAAGUCUAAAUUCAUCACGUGGGGUGAUAUCCGAGAUUGAUCUGACGUAUGAAGACGAAUCAGAUAUACAGAUUGGUCUUUUGGAUCAAGGAGUCAUUGCCGUCCGACGCAUCUCCAUUCGUCAAGAUGGCAAGUUGAUACCAAGUAAACAUCUUAUUCUUACUUUCGGAAAGUCAACAUUACCAUCAUUUAUUACUGCAGGAUAUCUGCGCUGUCUGGUUCAUUCGUACAUUCCAAAUCCGCUGCGUUGCUAUAAAUGCCAGCGAUUUAGACAUUCCCAAACAUUAUGUCGAGGCAAAAGUUUAUGUGCACAGUGUGGAGUUGAAGGCCACCAGGGUACUGAGUGUACAACCACUCCAUGCUGUGUCAACUGCAAAGAGGUCCAUCCUGCUUACUCCUGA